AUGCACGGACCGAGAGGGCCAAAUGUUGCUUCGGAGGCACGACAUUUGUCUCCGCGUCUCCGCGUCUCCGCGUCUUCCGCCAUCCUCGCAACCGUCGCCGUCGCCGUCGCCGUUGCCGUGAGAGAGAGUAGGUGUAAAGCGGAUUUCGGACGAGGCGAAAGAGGAAGUGGAUUGUGCCAAUGCCAGCCUCCUCAGGCCAAUGGAAUCGAGGAAGUGGAAGAAGCGUUGACAAAGGACAAAGUUUUCAUGAAUGGGAAAAGCGGCAAGGAAGACGACGAGAUGGGGAAAAAGGCGAACGUCAAUCGGCCCGACUGCUGCCAGCCAGAGGCGGAGAGAGCAGAAGAGAAAGAGAGCGUGUACGAACGAGGUACAGGAAGCACAGCACACAGAAAUGGGAGGUGCUUGUGCUCGGCCAAGUGA